AUGAAUGAAGAUGCCGUCAAUUCGCCAGCCUUUGCGAUCAGUGGAAGCUCUAAGGGUGUGAUAACCAAAUUGGGGCAGUGGGAAAGGAAGGUAGACUUUACAGUCUCCCCUAUAGAUGACUUCGAUGUUGUUCUCGGAUUGGAUUUCAUGAUGUUGGCUCAGGGCCUUGAACAAAAUCAUCGUAAGAAACAAAUAUCCUAUCCCUCUAAUAGCAGACUUGUCAGAAUCAUUGAGGGAGAUGAACCGAAGACCACUUGUGUAACAUGGUUACAGGACCACCGGUUAUAUGUAAAAAAGGAGAAGUGUGCAUUUGCUCAGACACAAAUCCAUUUUCUUGAUCACAUUGUCGAAUGUGGCCACAUCCGAAUGGACAUGAAAAAAGUCAGGGCCAUCAAGGAGUGGACAACACCGAAGAAUGUUAGUGAGCUUCGCUCAUUUUUGGGGCUAGCCAACUAUUAUCAGAAGACAGAAAAUGCAGCCGUUAGCCAUUUUCUCACCCAACCAAGGCUCACAGUGAAACAAGCUGGUGGCAAGAAUUUCUAG